GAUAUCGACCGUUCCUCUGUCUACUUCUUGGAAUUUCUUGGACAUCGUUAAGGUUUUAUGGUCUAAGGACACGGGAAAUCCUGAUAUCCACCAAGCAUCCCCUUUGUUAAGCAGGAAAUCAUCAUUAUGCUCAAGAUUUCACCAUACCCCACCGCCGGAAAUCUCGGUCCCUCCCGUCUUCCUCAACCUUUCCGUGAAAUGAACAUACCGACAACCUUUGGCUAUAUGCUGGUGAUACGUCCGGACCCUCCGUCAAUCUUUCGUCAGCUUGCGUAUCAAGAAAAUAGUCCACUUCCAGGUCCCGAGGUGGAUCCGGAUGGCUGGCAGCCACUCCCGCCUGCCCUCCUGAAAGGGACGAUAUAUUCAAAGAUAGACAGGCCGAGCUUCAAUGUUUCUCCUAUCUUGCUAAACGCCUAUGCUACACUAGAGGGAGGUCCAUUCCCUGUAUCGCAAUCAUCAAGCACUCUGAUCAGGAAGUCCUUGAUUUGCUCGCGACACCGUCUAGCGUUCCUAUGUAGUAUGCGACUUCAUCGGUUCGUCACAGGGUGGAAGCUUGACUUGCCUUCGUAUCCGUCGAUUGAGCUUCGUGAUCAAAAAAUAACCACCGGUGGAGAGACGUUGUGCAAGACUCGGCUCUUGCGUAUGGUGGACCUCUGGUCAUCAAUGGGCGUGUCGACGGCUGGAAGGCGAGAUCAAGCUCUGGGAAGGCUUGAAGUUUGGGAACUUCAAAAUUUAGGUCAGUCCCAAUAAUUCUAGCAUGUAGAUGCUGACAUCGCGGUGAUCAGUGUAGUGUUGUUGUCUUGCCAUUCAGUGCUGCUACCUUUGUGCUUGCAGAACGAGCUUCUUUCCUCGUGGAGAAGACGGUUAAGAUUGGCACGGUUUAUGCUCCGGGUCCCAGACCAAUAUUCUAUACCAACCACACCAGAUUUGGACGAGACUCAUUUUGGCCAGCUU